UUGAGCAAGGAGGAUUCUUCCACCAUGGUAGUGGUGAUGGCCUCAAGCAACCAGACUCCCACGCCGCCCAAGCCUCACUUGCCGGUCAUGGAUUCCAGGCUGCUAGCAGUAGCUUGCUCUGGUUCAUGGAAGAAGCUGCAAUCAUUUCUCAGUGGGGAAGGCCGUCAAACCUCCGGCGACGGGGCUAUCCGAAGCUCUGCUAUGCAGCCAGCUUUUGGUGACGAAGAAGCACUUCUCAGGGAGUCUUUCCUGGAUGCGGUCACCAUGGACGGUGACACUUUUCUCCAUGUGAUGGCCACCAACAGUGAUGGCGACAACUUGGAGGAAGAUGGCCCCAUACGCAGGAAGGCAGUAAGCCUCCUCUUCAUGCAAAACAGCCAGGGAGAUACGCCCCUGCACUAUGCUGCACGGGCGGCGAAAAUCAAUAUGGUAUCUUUUCUCAUUGAUCUUGCUGGAGGCAAGGAUCAAAAUGCUGACAGAGUGAAGGCGCUGCUAGAAAUGGAAAACAAGAGUAAAUGGACAGUCUUGCAUGAGGCGGUCCGCAGUGGGAAAAAUGAUAUAGUCGAAUUGCUCAUGAAGGAGGAUCCAGAAUUGGCAAGUCUUCCAAAAGCUGGUACUUCUCCGCUGUACCUAGCCAUCUUACUGGAAAACAGAAUCAUCGCCGAAACACUCUACAAGUUGAGCCGCGGGAAAAGCGGCAGUAACGACGAGAACCUUUCAUACUCUGGACCAAGUGGACAAAAUGCAUUGCAUGCUGCUGUUCUCCGAGGCAAAGGUCUUACAGAGAUGGUGUUAGGAUGGAAUAACGACCUUACAGCACAACAAGAUGAUAAGGGAAGUACAGCUCUUCACUUAGUUGCAUCUAUGCCACGUCAAAAAGACCGACGAUACAUACGUUUACUUCUACUGGAAGCCAAUCCAGAUGCAUUGUAUCAAAUGGACAAUGAUGGAUCAUUCCCCAUACACGUGGCUGCAUCCGUUGGCUCAAGAAUUACCAUCAAUGUCUUUCUUCAGAAAUCGCCCAGUUGCGCUGGUCUACGUGAUGCUAGGGGAAGGACAUUUCUUCAUGUUGCAGUUGACAAAAUGAAAAUAUGGCCGGUCUGGUCUGCUUGCAGAAACCAGUCGUUAUCAUGGAUUUUAAAUAUGCAAGACAAUGGUGGAAACACUGCACUGCAUUUAGCCGUCCAAAAAGGAACACUGAUGAUAUUCUGUGCUAUAUUUGGGAAUAAACAAGUGCACUUAAAUUUAACAAAUGAGAAAGGAGAGACCCCGCUUGAUAUAGCACAUUGCAAUAUUCCCAAAGAAUUGCAUUAUAACCAGAACGCUGAAGUAAAAAUACAUCUAGCGCUCCAAGUCGCUGAUGCUAAACGGGGCAUUUGUCGCCUGGAUUACUUUGAAGAAAAUGAUAUUGUCCAAGUGAGAAAAGAUGAAAUGGAGAAAGUGAAAGAAGGGACAGGCAGUCUGUGUAUUGGCUCUGUCCUAAUUGCAACUGUGACUUUUGCUGCAUCUUUCGCCAUCCCUGGAGGUUACAGGGCUGAUGACCACACUAAUGGGGGCACACCAACGCUUGCUGGAAAGUAUACUUUUGAUGUGUUCACCAUAGCCAAUGCACUUGCCUUCACUUUCUCUGCAAUGGCUACUAUUUCUCUCAUGUUUUCUGGAUCUCCCAUGGUAUCUCUUCCAAUCCGGAAAAUGCACAUACAAUUGGCCUAUUUUCUCAUGGGGAUUUCGGUUACAAACUUGACAACUGCCUUUGCACUUGGUAGCUAUACGAUGUUAGCUCCAGUUGCCCAUAAGAUUGCCAUUGCAGUAUGUGUCAUGAGUUUUCUCGUAUUGCUAUAUCAGAAUUUGGACCUGACAAUCAAGAAUUGUGUUCUUGUGUCACCGUUGUUGAGGAGAAAGGGGAUAUGUUAUAGGAUAGUCACUAUCCCAUUGACAGCAUUCAUGUUCAUGGGCUCUGUUCUAUUUCAACUUCUUCCUGUAGUUGUGGUCUUUUAUUUGACUGUGUUAAGUCAUACCGGUCACAAAGUGGAACCAGCCGCACAACCACCGACACCAUUAGCUUGAAGAGGCCUAAGUAGAUAGACGUAUAUUACCAUCUUUAAGUGGAAGACAAUUGGAGGUUUCGGAUCUGCUAUCAUCAAAAAUUG